AUGAAGAAUAUCGUCCUCGAGACAUAUAGUGGGAAAGUUGAUCCCAAGGAGCACCUGCUACAUUUCAAUACAAAAAUGGUGAUCAGUGCCGCUUCCGACGCCGUGAAGUGCAGGAUGUUUCCAGCUACGUUCAAAGGCACGGCCAUGGCGUGGUUCACCACUCUACCCCGUGGAUCCAUCAUGAAUAUUCCUGACUUCUCGUCAAAGUUCCUUGUCCAGUUUUCAGCUAGUAAAACCAAGCAGGUGACAAAUGAGGAUCUCUACAAUGUGGGCCAAUCCGAGGGAGAGACUCUGAAGCAGUACGUAAAACGAUUCAGCGCGGCAUCCGUCAAAAUUGAGGAGUCAGAGCCGCACGCCUGUGCGCGUGCCUUCAAGAACUGUUUGCAGCCGGGGAAGCUGAAUAGCAAGCUGAGCCGCAAGCCGGCUCGGUCCAUGGCGGAGAUCCGGACGCGAGCAAAUACCUACAUCCUGGACGAGGAGGAUGACGCUUUCAAGCGAAGACGCGCUAAAAAGGAGAAGGACGACGAACAGGGGACGCGUCGCCAGAGGAAAAGCAGAGUAAAGAGAGGGGAGAGGGCAGCAAGAGGCGAGACAGAAAGGUGA